AUGUCGGAAGGAGAACCCUCAUACAUCGACUAUGAGGCCUUUCUAGACCCGGAAUUCUCGCCGGCCGGCUUCGCCAAUACCCUCGUGGUCAGCACCAACAAUGCGACAGAUACGCCCUUAGAUCUCUCGACGCCACUAUCUAGAGUCCUUUUUGAUCUCCAGGAAAUCGACACACAUAUUCACAGCUUAACCACAAGAUCCGCUCUACCCCUCCUAUCCCACACGCAAGGCCAAACUGCGGCUGCCGAACACAUUCUGAAGGAAACAGGGACACAAAUUACAUCGGUGACUCAGGGAUACGAACGGUUGGAGAAGGAAGUGUUGCAAAAAUGGCAAGCUGCGGAGGAGGCCAGAGCCGCUGCAGAAAACUCAUUGGCUACGGUUCGGUUAGCACGGUCUGUCGCGCGCUGCUUGACGCUUGGUAGACAGCUAGAGAGUCAAGUGGCAGAGUUAACUGGACGAGGGUCAGCGCAGACAACGCCAACAACAAUGGAAGGGGAAGCAGUUACACCUGUCAAGGAGGGAUUUCGAGCUUUGGAGCGAGCAGCCAUUACUAUCUUGAACCUGCGACAGAUGUUCUCAGCAUCCUCGGAGGAAGAUGAAGGAUAUGGACUGUUGCGGGUGAAGAAUAUGCGAACUCUACGCAAUGAGUUCGUGAUACCGGCGGAGAAUAUGGUUAAAUCAAGGGCACAACAAACCAUCAACCGCUUCUCUUUGUCGAAUUCAGGAACCACCAAUGUUCAAUCGUCGAUGCCAUCGAGUUACAAACAGGCUCGCGAUGCACGAUCCCGUCUGGCAACAGCUGCAACUACCCUAUAUCUUCUCUCCCCAGUACCACAAGGUGUCAUUACUGCUUCAGAAUACAAGCCUGAACUUCUUAUUUCCACGCUACAAGGGUACAUGCAGACCUCCAUCAUAACCUCUGCAAACGCCUUCGCCAAGGCGCUAUCUCAACUGCCUACGCUGGACCGUGCCCUCGCCGACAUAUCUGCAAGGUGCCAGGAUAUAGUAGCCGUGGAGUCUAUUCUGCGUGGACUCCGGCUCCCUUCUCACCCCCUCCUUUCAUCCCCCACAAACAAUGAUGAUCAACAUACCCCAGACUACGAAAAUGCUACCUCAAGGCCGGCCAACCUCCUUCAGUCCCUGCUUCAAGCCCUGGAUACUUCAUCCUUACCUUCAUAUUAUUGGCGAUCACUCGCAUCGUCUCUCACGAACCGCGUGCAGGAAAUCGUCAAUCGCGGGGGCGUCUCCGCUCGUACUCUUAGAUCCAACCGUGAUCGACUCAGGAACGAGAUUAAAGACUGCGUGCUCCGUUCUUCACAAGUAUCAGCUACCAACCAUCUAGCUGAGAGAGGCCGACCCGGAAACGACACAGUCGUAGUGGGCAAUUGGGAACGAGAAGCAGCCGUGAUGGUAGGCUCAGUUAUCGGUCCCUUGAAUCGAUAA